UAAUAUUAUAAUAUGUUGUAAUAAACCAUAAAAUAAUGUAUACUUAAUAAGCUUUGCAGCGAAUUUUUAUAAAAACGGCUCAUUUACCCACUUCGUCACAAGUUUUCAUUGCAUUAAAUAAAUAUUUUCCUGUCGGUUUUAAUUCUCCAGCUUUUCUUUACCAACUUCCUAUGACACACCUUUAAGCAUAUAUUCUAGGAAUAAAAUACGCUUUUAAGUGGUGACUUAAAAAAUAGGCUUUGUUUAGUGCUGAGGUUUAUUCGAUUCAAGUAUCUUAAAAAGAAUAAUCUUAUUAAGAAUUAGCUUCUAAGAAUUUUAUUUGAGUCUUUAUUUGAAUACUGCAAACGUGUGGAGAUAUCAUUAACUUUAAAAAUGAGAAAUUGUCCGCAUUAGUUGGAAAAGCUGUGAAAAACAUAUAGUACACCGCUUCUCUCAGUUGCCAAUGGAAGUAGGUCGGAUUCGGUGUUCCGGAAGCAAUGAGUGCACUUGUAUGAAACGAGCCGGAGGUGAAGUCUGGUAAGCCGGUACAUUUCUUCGGGGGAGGAUCGCUUUACACGUAUAUACCGUGACCAGUUACGCGGGACACGACCGAUGACAUAGAGCGGUCGCAGCAGUCACUCCAUCGCGCAUGCAUGAGACGUGAUAUGAAUUGCAAAUAUCUAAAUGCCGCUGGUGGGGUUUAUAUGUAAUAUCGGUGCGGUCUCUCUUGCCAAGUAGCUUGUCAGACCAACCACGGAGACUAUAUGCUUUAUUUCUCUAAAAUUCUGCUACUGCGUGGAAUUUCAUCACACAGGUUAUUUCCGUUGUCAGUGUACGUGACAAUUUAUAUUGCUAUCGUGAAAGAUAAUUUAUAGGCCAGAGACAAUUUUAUGACGGAAUUCUCUCUAGUCUAUAUUAAACUUAUCGCAAAGAAGCCACUUGUAAUUGAUAUAAUUAGUGACGCUAUUAUAGCUACACUUUUAUAUAAACUGAACCGAAAUAAAAUCUCACUACGAAAGAUCAAGCUUUUGCUUAUGUGUGCUGCUUAUAUAUAUUGCAAGUUUUUUGUUUAUAUAUUGCUUAUAUAUAUUGCUGCUUAUAUAUAUAUUGCUUAUUUACCUUUAUUUUUAAAAUCUGAUUGUGGAAUAUUUCCAACAUAAUUAACACAAAUUUUGAUUUAUUUAUAACAUGUAGUUACAAAUACAGAAGCUUAUUUAUAAAUCUAUUUCCGUUUGUCACAUUUUUAAACACGUUUGCAAAUUUAUAAGCAUAAUACUUUCGACGAAUAAACUUAAUUAGCAAUUUGCGAUUUAAGUUGCAAAUUUACAGAGAAUUAUUUUGGAAUAUCCGCUUUCCACUUCUCUUCUCAUUCUAUCAUUACUGGUUCAGAUGACCGUAUUAGACAUACAUUUUGUACGGAACGGUUACUCGGAUCAUGGAUGAGUAAACUAGGCUGACGAGUCUCUUCCGCUUACAGUUUGUCGACUUGUGGUUUCCAACUGUUUGAUCCGCUCAAAGAAUUCGAGGACUCGAAAAAUUUAGGUCAGGCGAUUUAAAGCAUACUCAGAUUUUCUUCGGAUUAACUGAGCGUUACUAGAUUAAAGAAUUUAACAUAAUCUUCUCGUUUUAAAUGAUUAUGUUAAUGUUACGAUGUAAAUUAUAAUUUAUGCAAAAGAAAGCAAUUUUUAAUCUCAUCAACCCAAUUGUUUUUACCAUAGUUUUGUCUGAAAAAAAAAAUUGGACUCGCAAUUCUCGAAGUUGCAAUGGAACUUGAAAUUUCAACGAGGAUAAAUUUUUUUCACACAUGUGAUAUUUCCCAAUAUGUCCAUUCGAUUUUCGAUGAACAAUUUUUUGAAACGUGUCUUCAGAGCGAUAGAUUUUAUUUGCUUUUCCAUCAUCGAAAUAUCUGACAAGCGCAUAAUAUUAUAAAUGUGCACGAAAAUACACGGGAAAUUGUAUCAGAGAUUUAUAAUUUAAGUAAUUUGUACGAGAAAUGUUGCAGAUCGAGAAAUUAAGUUCGUUUGCUCGGUAAACUGCUCCUCCGCGAGAAGCGAAUUUCACGUGCAAUUUAUUCGAGCAUGUCGAAAUCGACUCCAUCGCUCGUGGUCUUCAGAGCCACAAUGAAGUCCGAAUUUUCCAGCGAGAUUUCAGCGAGAUAUUUUUGUGUGCGAUAUCGGCACGAACUGGAACAUUCUCUCUCCAAGUACGCUCCCGAGAGUACGAAAAUAGGUAGAAUUUUCCGUGGAUGCCUUUCUAAGGUGUACGAGAGAAAUUAGAAAAAGAAUUACUAGCAGCAUAACAAAGAAAUUUAUUAAAUAAGAGAAAGUAUAAGCUAUUUUUUACAUAUUUACACAAAAAGAUUGGUUUUACCGGAGGUAGUUGAAUACUCUGCAGCUAGAUACAAAUCUAAAAUGAUUUUGUUGGACCAUUAAAAGAAUUAUGAAGCACGUUCACAAUGAGCAAUGCUGAAAAAAAUUUAGACGUUCUCACAAUCAGCUUGAAUGUUCUAUGUUAUCUAGGCAUGGUCUAAUAAAAAUUUUUUUCUAGCCAAUUUUUUAAAUAUUUUCGUAAAAUUGUUUUUUACCUGUACAUUGAGAAAAAAAAUUGUAAAACUAAAACAUUUAUUUUGAUACGUUUGAUUAAACAUUAGGUUAAUUCAACAAUUAUUCAAGUAUCGUUCAUUCAUGUCAAUAGUUUUUAAUCAAGAAUUAACUAAAGUACUAAACCGUUUCAUUAGUUAGUUGAACGUAUCGUAAAUAUUUUAGUUUUUCAACAAAUUUUUUCCUAGUGUACAUAUACCCUGGCGUAAAUUGUCUGUUUAUUAAACAUUUAUUGAAUUGUUUAUAAGAUUGUCGACUGUUUUACAAAUGUUUGGGAAAUGUUUUAUUAAAAGUGUUAUAUUUUGUAACACAUCCUUUGAACACUUGCAACAGUCUGAAAACACUCAACACUUUUCGAACGUCUAUCACACAGUCGUGAACAUCUCAUAAACAAUUCCAUAUUUAAAUUUCCAUCUAAUAAAUAUUUCAAUAAAUGUUUUAAAACUCUAAUUAUUAAUUAUAUAAUAUAUAUACUCAACACUUAAACAAUCAUCUUACAAACACACUAUUUUCGCCAGGACAAAUACAGUUUUACACUUUAAUUACUUCAUUUUUUUACGGAAUUAAACCAAAUUUAUUUUUACUACCGUUUUCCGUUUUCUUCUUAUUUUUGCGAAUGCAGCUAUUAGAAAAUUGUAUUAUUUGGAGAAUUUUUUGGAAGCCACUUGCUCAAUGAGUUCUCUUGCCUAUGUAACUACAGAGAGCAGGAUGCGAGCACGUUCCCUGCUUGCACCAACCUCUUCUCCCGGUGGCUGCGAGUAGGAACCGAGCCGGAACUACCGCGACGUUUCGUUGGCCCGUUUCGUUUCCUUCCUGCAUCUCCUAGUUUUAUUCCCCAUGCCCAUUCCGGGAUCCAUUCCCGCAGAGUUUUACUAGCCACAACUCGAAAAAUCUCGGGCACUGCGAUCUCCGCCGGGAGAGCCCGGGCGCGUUACCGCGCUCUUCGCGCGAGCGUCAAAGCCCAGAAUUUAUGACGGUCAACUAAAUGUCCGGCCGAGGAGAAUCCACUUGGGCGUGUAUCACGUCCGCGUGCUCGCGAUUCUUUCACGGCGGCCGGUGCGAAAUUUUUAUACGCUCCUCCCCCCGGGCGGCAUCGCCGUGUAUGCGUGAAUCUCCACUGACACGCGUGGAAUUACGUCGCCAUUGUUCGCGCGACAACGCGAUUUCCCGUUUCCUCGUGCGACAUUCGUAUCAAGCGUCGUCAUUACGUCGCAUCCAAAAUGGAAAACAUUUCUAGAGCGGCCGACGCUGCCGGGAGAUUUUUGCGUUCGUCGAACAUUGCGCGUGCGAAGUGUUUCAACGUUCUCCGAUGCCUGCGAGCCAUAAAUGCGUCAUGCUUUUUUUGUAAAAGUUUUGCAAUUCUUGGCCAUCGAUUAUUGUCAUGAUUGAAGUGUAGUAAAUAGACAGAUUAUUUAGAUUGAAGUUCAACAUUGAUAUAGAACAAGGACGGAUGUUAAUGAGAAGAAAACAGCUCUAGAAACAGAGAACUGAUUCAAGUAAUUAUUUCGAGAAGAAAAAUAAGAAAUAAGAUUCAGUGUUAAUAAAAGUAAUAUAAAAGAAUAGAGAGAGAUAUUUUGACCGUUGCUGUAUCAAUACAAAUAAUAUAAGAGAAGCUAUUUUUUUUGAUAGCGUGUUGCAUUUGUAGAAUUUUAGAUGCUCCGGUUAUCAAAUUUACGCCUAGGAAAAUAAGAGUGGAUUUGAUCUGUAGUUUUCUUUUGCAUACACGUUCUAUUGAGAUAAAUUCGAUCUAUGUCAAACGCCACGUUUAAAAUUUAACAUAGUUCAUACGUCUCUGAAACAAGAACCGUCCAAUAUCCGGUACACGCUCUUUCUCUCUCUCUCUCUCUCUCUUUUCUGGAAUAAAAAAAAGUUUUCUAUUCCAUAAAAAGGAGAAGUAGGACAUGCGCGGAUCAGCGCCUGACUGAUUGUUUUCUCAUGCACUGGGAGGAGAUGGUACGGAGAGUUACGCGGGAGUGGUAGAGCAGACUCGUAAGAGAAUCUCCGACUUCAUAUUAUUACGCAACCGCCAUGUGCAUACGUCGGGACAAGAGUUUAUUUGCGCUCGCGGCCAGUCGUUGUUGAUGCCGCCGCCGUCGUCAUCGCCAUCGGGUUUGCUUGGUUUCUUUCUUUUUUUUUUUUGCUCGAAGCGCCGUUUCGUCGACGAUAAGCCCGCAAAAGGGUUCACGAUCGCGAGGAACAUGGGUACAAAUACGCGGUGACUGGAGGAAGGCUCGCCGGUAAAACCAGAAAGCACUCCUUUCCUUCACUGACGACGCACCGCUCUGUUUGACGAUGACGAUCGACAUGGCGACGUCGUAAAAUCGACGCGGCUCCACAUUCUUCAUGGAUCAUAAGUGAUAUCGCGGGAGAGAAAUGAUCAUCGUUGUGGAACUCGGUGAGAAACGCGCUCCUUAACGCGAUUCGUCUAUCGAAAACGUCGCCGAGCGUCGUCAUGACGCGUCUGGAUCGCGCAUGAACGAUCGUCUGCCACUUCAGAGACCACAUCGUCGAUCCGGGAUAAGCUGGUGACUCGAACGACGUGCCCGGUGUCUAAUAGUAUCCGACAUAGGUGGAUUCGGCUGCAUCGUAAUAAAAAAAGAGAAAGAAAAAAAAUCGCGAUUGGCGCAAGAGUGAGAGAAUUGCGCGGAUGCGAAGUUUGUCGCCGACGUGGCAGAAAAAUACGCGAGUGUCGUAAAAAAGGCAUGCGAGGGAUGCGUCCCACAGACGAAGGGUGGGGUCUUUGGGUACCGAUAAGGCUUAUCCGGAGAUACGAUGGUUGGCAACUGCGCUCGUCGAGUCGUCAGUCGUAGUACUCAGGUGCCGUUGACGAGAUCGUCGCGCCGCUCAGGUCACAGUGAUCUCGCGAUUCGCGCAUCGUUCUGCAGCUCCGAGGAGGUAUCUUGAAAGUGUCGCUUCCGGACCAGGUGCCCGGUGGUCCCGCGUGAAUUCAAGAGGAUUUCGUACUCACGCCCACAGCUGGAUCGUGUCACAGCGGAUCUCAAAAGACGCUUCAAUAUCCGUCUGGCUUCUAAAGCAUACUACACGAAAGGUCGAAUCGAUCGCUAUCAGGCGCCACUCGUACGAAUUGAUCAAGACUUGAACGAGAGCAGUCUUUUCGGCCUUGUGCUUUUGUGUUGUCGGUGUGCUUAUUCCACGUGAUGAGUGUGUGCUCCUCGUGUUAAGAUUUCGAAUCGUUUCCGAACGCGAACGUGAUUCGUGAAUCGAAAUAGUGUCCCGUGCCGCAGUUCGCAGUUUGCCCGAGACCCUAGAAGCAGCUUGUUCGUGCACGUACAGUAGAGUUUGAGGGUUGACGCCUUCAAACCGCAAGCGUACAAUAAUCCUGUCUUCCUCAAGAAUAAACGAGAUCGACCGAAGGAGGCACCGAGAACCGGUCGCCAAACGGAUUCCCAUGAAAAUGUUACAGUCACUGAAUGCUCUGGCGGGCAAAAUCUCGCCGGGCUCUCCCACUGACAGCAACGCCAACAAGGUGCACAUGCAUAACAACAACAAUAAUAACAACAACGUGGUGCAUCACCAUCCCUACUCCAAACAGCAGACUCAGCCGUCCCCGUCGCACUCGGCUAACGGCGAUCAGAAGGAAAAUACUAUAAUGAACAACAACAGUGUGGAGCAGCCGGAUCCGGACAACAUAAAGAUGUUCGUGGGGCAGGUACCUCACGAUAUGGACGAGAAUGACCUGAGGACGAUGUUUGAGGAAUACGGUCGAGUGCAUCAGAUAAAUAUCCUGCGGGACAAGAUCACCGGCAGCCAUAGGGGAUGUUGCUUUGUAACCUUUUACACCAGAAAAGCGGCUUUGGCAGCGCAGAACGCCCUUCACAACGUUAAAACCUUCAGCGGGAUGCGCCAUCCGAUCCAAAUGAAGCCCGCCGACAGCGAGAAUCGGAAUGAGCGCAAGCUGUUUGUUGGCAUGCUAUCGAAAAAAUUCACGGAAAACGACGUUAGAAACAUGUUUAGCGCUUACGGAAUGAUUGAGGAAUGCUCGGUGCUGAGGGAUAGUACCGGGAAAAGUAAAGCCUGUGCCUUCGUUACUUUCGCUAGUAAGCAGUACGCGAUCAAUGCCAUCAAAGCUCUGCAUCAUUCCCAGACAAUGGAGGGCUGUUCGUCUCCAUUAGUUGUAAAAUUCGCCGACACGCAAAAGGAAAAGGACCAGAAGAGAAUGCAGCAACUCCAGACGAAUCUCUGGAACAUCGCGGGAGUCAACAUCACACCGCAUUACAUAGCCAACGACGCGCAUACGCUGGCGCCUGCAUCGUUGCAGCUUCUGCAGCAAUUGCAAGCGACGACGAGUGCUGCGACUCCGGUCGCCGCGAACGCUGGAGCGGCGAAUGCACUGUCGAAUGUGCAGCAUCAGUUACUGUUGCAACAACACCUCGGCCUUGGUGCGGCAACACCUGCACACGCGGCACCCCCUGCUGUGCCUAGUCCAGCAGAAAUCAACCCCGCAAAUCUGCAAAGCCUAGCUACCCUCGCGUCCCUCAGCAACACCGCUGGUGAGUAUGCGAACGCGGGCGUGUCGCCAAUGAGUAUGCAGAACCUCGUCACUCUGGCAGCUAUGACCGGCGGAAACGGCAAUCUCCAGGUGUCGCCAAACACAUUAAGCGGCCUGGCGAAUUCAACAGCAGGUAUGUCGCUAUCUGCUCUUCUGGGAAAAACAGGAAACACAGGGUCUACCGGGGGCAGUCUUAGUCCUGUAACAUCUCUCACGCUCAAUUCUUUGACGGGAACGCCGUUGAACGGACUUCAGGAUUCGCUGAGCAACGCCUAUUCCAGCUUACAACAGUACGCAGCUCUCAUUGGAAAGACGACGGUGACCGUGGAAAAGAAAGAGUUGCAUAGGUUUCCUGCGUUCACGGCGGCUGCGGCCGCUGCGGCGGCGGCAGCGCAAAAGACGAAGUUCACCAGCACGGACAAGCAAAUCGAGGGUCCUGAAGGUUGCAACCUCUUUAUCUAUCAUCUGCCGCAGGAAUUCAGCGAUACAGACCUCAUCUCUACCUUUUUGCCCUUCGGCAACGUCAUAUCCGCCAAAGUUUUCAUAGAUAAGCACACGCACAUGAGUAAAUGCUUCGGUUUCGUGUCGUACGACAAUGCAUCGAGUGCGCAAGCGGCGAUCCAAACAAUGCACGGUUUCCAGAUUGGCAUGAAACGACUAAAGGUCCAGUUGAAACGGUCCAAGGACGCCUCCAAGCCGUACUAGCUGACGUCACAGAACGUUCGUAGGUAGAUACCAAGGACUUCUCGGACACCUUGGCCCGACGGCGUUCUUAGACGGGACGACGCUCGCGCAUUUAAUUAACAACCGCGAUGGUUGAUGAUUAUUCCGCAGUGGAAUCGCGUUUAGCGAUAGGUCUAGGUAGAGAAACGAAAGUAUUAGGUGGCAGUAUUCCACGAUACUCUCUAGUCAAGCAGUAUUUUCCACGAAGGUAGCGAGUUAACCGGCUACGGUCGAGCGUUCUCGGACGCCGAAGAGGAGACGUCGCCGCUCGACACCUUCGCCGUCCUAUCGAAACGAGGCUGUGAUAAUCCAGAAGACUCUCUUGUCUCCGUCGGACUGACUUUUCUUCCGAGGUGCAGGAACGUAAUUUAUUCUUUUAACGUGUCGCUUGUGCGAACUGUCCCGCCGAACUGUCUUCUCUCUUCUACCUGCCGGUCCACCCAUGUGUGAACACAUUCAGUACAUUUUUAAUCCAACAGUCUGUCUAUUUUAUUCACGUCCGUGCCACGUCGCGUUCAUUAUAUCGUAUUAUAUCUGUUAACUCUUCCAGUGCCGAGUUAAAUAUAGAAAUCCUGCUUUUUCUCGAUAAUCCAUUUCACUAAUUUCAAUGGGAGAGACAGGAUAGGAUUAUCGAAUCAGUAUUAGCUCAUUAUUAUUUGGACCACUUGAUUUUGUACCUUAUGAUCGGUUUCAGAGACUAUGACCGGUAUUUUUAAAGCUCAUUCAGAUUUAAAGAGUCCGAUGAGAUAUAAUUAAUCAAGAUUAAUUAUAAACAUGCACAAUAAUUUUUUUUUAAGAAUAAAAUGAGCUAUUUUUUUGUGUCGAUAGCGCUUUUACGCGUCAAAUUUUAAAAAUCAUUUAUAUAUGUGUUUAGUAUUGUUUAUACAUUCUCGUGAAAAACAAGGGAUUUUGCAUGCAAGAGAUAUGCGAAUACUUUAUUAUGCUUUCGUAAGAGAUAAAGAAAUUUGCAUGUAAAGGCUUCAUGAUGUGAUUGUGAUACAUCUAUUCAUUUUGAAUCUCUUAAAUCGACUUCACAAAAAAUACAAUCGAUUAUCAACUUUCAAAAUGGCUCUAGUGUUUCUAAAGACUUGGGUUUAUACGAGACAUAAAAGAUUUUUCGAGUUUAAAUUUAUCUCGAUUUGCGGGUUAAGUUCAUAAUCGAAUUUAAAUUAUGUUCAUAGGGCUUAGUGGCGCGCAUUUAGCGUUAAACGUGCUCAUUCACUUCUGGAUUCAAUUUAUCUAGUACGAAGAACACACGUAAUAUAAGCGCACGAUGGGAAUCGAAUAGCCACGUUCAUCGCUAAAUGCGCAGUGAUAUGUAAUACGGGUCUUUCAAAUAUUCACCCGUAAUAUCCGCCCAUACUUAUCGCACGGUCUCGAAAAUAUGUUCGUCUCUUCGAAUCUCGAAGGUGCAAGCCUGGCGGCACGUUCCCGGAUGAUGCAAUCAAACUACAUUUCGUUGCAAAGGCUGCCAGUAAAGCUUUCUGUGCUAACUUACUGUUGCACAAAGUGAAAUUACGUACGUGAAGUUCACUAACAACGUAGCUUUUCCCUUAGGAGGGUAAGACUAGUUCGCUUUGAAUUUUCACGCAGCUCGAGUCCGUAUCUCGUAAUCAUUUUUGACGAUUUGACUUUUAUCUCUGUUUUUUCUUUCUGUAUUUUUUUUGUAAUUUAUCUCUUUCUAUCUUUUAAUUUCUCUAUCUUGUUCUUUAUAUUAAUAACCGCAGUAGUUUAAGCUGGUUGAACCGACAGAUACGAGCGAUAUAAACACAAAGAUCUAUCACACUCAUUGUAAUUAUGUCAGCAGCUGUUAUACCGCGUGUAUCUCUUUCGUUUAUUGUUCGAGACGCACAGAAUUCGAUACGUUCUCACGUGAUAAUAUCACUAAGUUUUCUAUGGUUAAUCACGCUAAGACGCUUUAUUAGUUAGUAAUACUAACAUUGCUAUGUGAUUUUUGGGGAGGGGGAGGGAGGGAGGGGGAGGGAGGGGAAGGGAGGGAGAAAUGUGCAACCGAUCGUCGCAAGCGGUGAGCGAGCCAAUUGUGUUUCUGUUAAAAUAAGAAACCCUGUUUCACAUUCAAAUGAAUGUUCCACUCGUCAUUAUUUUACUUCGUCGUUACUUUUUGGCUUAGUACAAUCUAUAAUAGUUUUUAAAUGUAAAACUGUUAUAGAAGAUAUCAUGCAAAUAAAGGACUGUUGCAAUUGUUAUCUGUACUCUAAAACUAGAAACUAUUGGCGAACUUCAUCGAUUGCGUUGCAUUAGCAACGAGUUUUCACAGAUGCGCUGUCGAACACUUUGUUUCUUUUUCCUUGUGACUGUCUGUCAAGCUGAAUAAAGUGGACGCUCGUUGCUCGUGUUUAAAAAAGACGACUCGGCAAAGUACCUGCGUACACGACGCACGGUGCCAUCGGUUUAGAGGCCCCGCAAACGAUUGACUCUUUAAUGUAUCUUGAUGAUCGUCUUUCCGUUUUUUGUGUGCGCUGUUCUCUUGAGACCAGUCAUGCAGCUUUCGAGAUAUUAUUUUAUUGAAACGUUAAUCUAUUUCAAUAAAGCGAUUUCUCGAAGUUGUUUUGUUGAUUCUUGUUUUUUAAUCAUCAACGUAGAAGAUAAUGAAGUUAUAACUUGAUCUUCUGUGCAAUGUAUUCCGUAAAGUUUUUUUCUUCACUGAUCAUACCGUGCCACUAGUUCAUUUUGUUCACAGAUAAUAACAGAUAAACAAAUUAAAAUUUUGUAAUGACGUUAUCUGUUAGUAUCUGAAAUGCGAAUUAGCAGAAACAAUUAUUCGGCACGGUAGAUCUUCGCGGGGCCUCAGAAAAACCGUCAUCGCGCGCGUUUACCCAGGAAUGAAUCUUCAUAUCUGGUGUGUGGUGGUGACUAACAUGUCCGUGUGUUUGUUUGUGUGCCAGCAGGUGGCCUGUGACGUUGUGACCGUGUACUCUCGAUCGGAGUCGCCGUGCCAUGUCAGUCUCAGUCAGUCAAAUCGGUAUCGGUCGUUCGCUCGACCGGUCAAUCGAUCAGUCACGAUUCCCCGGUCAGUCUCUCGAUCAGUCUAUCUGUGUCUGUCGGUGCCUGUACAAAGAACAACACCCGCCCACACGCUCUCACUUCUGCCGUAAGAUCCUCCGCCUUGUCAACCUCUUCUCUAUCUCUUCAUCUCAUCCCUUCAACUUUUCGCGCAUCCAUAUCGCCCAUCCACCAAGUCGCGACGUCAUUCAUACUUCGCGAUCGCACCGAGAGGAUCGCCUCGUCGAUUUUCGAGUGGUCGCUCGUCCUCUCGAUCGCAGCCGCACAUAUAAAACACCGGACAAAUCCUCGGACAUGCAAGAGAAUUCACGACACUGCUGGGCGAGCGAAAAGUCGUGACCGAGAAAGUGCAGGAGGAGCAUGAUGAGGAAGGCCGAGAAAGUGGGACGGAAAGGAGGACGAUGCACCGGCGACCGACCUGGGCUCCUCGAACGAAGCUAACGCGCUAUGUUAACUGUCUGUCCAAUCUUUCCCCUCUGUGUAUAUACAGAUAUAUAAAUAUAUUAUGCAUAUAUGUACAUACGCAUAUAUGUGUACGUGUGUAUGGUACGUGCGUGUGUUUGAGAGCGCGACGAGGAUUCUCGUGGUUGACUAACGGUAGGCGAUGACGCUCCACGUCUCUCACGGUUGAAAGAGGACGAAGGGACAAGCGAGGAACACGCGGCGCGAGCUGUGCAAGAAAUUUUUCUUAUACAUAACUAUACAUAUACAUAGUUAUACAUACAUGUUCAUAAAUCGAAUUAACGACUGAGAACUAUUUUUAUCGGCUCUACUAUCGGGAUCGCUGUCAAUGCCUCGCAGCGCCUAUUUAUAUACAUAAAUAUACAUACGCAUACGUGUGUAUCGCGGCAAAUUUGGGCGUGUAGACGAAAUAUGUGUGCAUGAGGAGAGACGGAGGCUGGAAAGGGAAACGCGAAAGGACGAACAAUGAACAUCGUGCGGAACCGAUGCGCGUGCGAUUCUUAGGCGUAAAUCAUGCAAAUAUACCAAAAACGAAACGGAUACAAAGAAUUAAGCAAAAGAAAAAAACACAACCGAUAGAUAGCGAAGAUACGAAUAUAAGAGACAUUUUGUAGUAAUGACUCUCUUUGUGAUAAGAUUGCAUCGUACCAGGGGACCGUGGUCCCAAACUGAAACUGGGCCGGACUCGCUCAGGAAUAGCACAUCAGGCGUAACACAUUCGUGCAUCCAGUUCUGUAUCACCAUCAAAGACACUUCGCGAAUGUAGACAAGUACGUGAGAUGCGACAAAUUUUUAACGAAUUUUAAUAUCAGACGAGUUUCCCGACCGCACACUUGCAUCGUUUUCUUCGUCGAAUUCAUGAAUUGCACUUUAUGCAAUUAAGGAUAGAUCUUUACAAGAAUUAGGUAUGGGACCGAUCGGAUAGGUUGUCUGGAUCAAUUAAAUGAGCCAAAAAUUUCAUCGAAGCGAUAUAUGAAAAUGAAAAAAGAGAUUACUAUAAUAAUUGCGAAACAAUUUCGCAAUCAGAAAAAAGAGAUUUACUCGAGUAGGCUUGCAUCAAUACACAAGAUAUUUUGGAAUAAUUCAUUCUUGACAUUGAACAUGAAUUUGUUUAUUGGAACGGAAAAAUGUUUUAAUUUUUCACAAUUUUUGUCGAUCAUGAACCGACUUGUUAAAAUUUUGGAUAAUUAAAUCAACAAACAAAAACAUGUCUAAAGUAUAAGAAACGUAAGAUUUUGCGUUAUUUCUAAAAUGAUUUAUGAUUGCAGUUCGUGUUAUAAUUUAUGGAGAUAUAAAUUUAUCAAUAUUUACGUUGCAGCUAAUGCAAUUGACUUUGAUUAAAAUGGAUUUAUAUGUCUUACUUUCAAGUACAAAUAAGAUAAAUGAUUGAAUUUAGAAUGGAAUAUUUCUGAAAUUACAUGAUAAAAUAAACAUAAUUAAUAUAAAUAUCUUCAUCCGGAUGAAUGUCGCGAAAAUUGGUUGUAUUGGACGAAGCUGUGCGACGAUUGUAUUCGAACGAAACAAAUCAAGAUGCAAGGAUAUACAGGGUUAGUGAUUAAACGAUGUCAUUUUAAGUACUCUAGUCUGAAUAUAAAAAUGCCUUCAUCGUUAAUUUAAUAUGAAAAUGUGAGACAUUUUUAAAAAUCGAUCGCGCAUAAUUAGAUUACGUCACUUAACAUUUAUCAUUUUAUAGAAUCUAAAUUAAUACAAAAUAGAUUUCUUCUCUCAUAUAUAAUUCAUACUUUGCAGUUAUUACUUUCUACUUAUUUGGAUCUUACAUCUUACAUAUAUGAUGAUGAAAAAAGUAUUAAUAAACAAAUUUAUUAUAAUAAUUUGAUACUUUUCAAAACAAGUUUCUUUAAAAAAAUUAUAACAAAUCUUAAAAAAAGUGUGUUUUAAACUUUGAGUGAAUCCUAAUCCCUUUAUAAAAUUAUUUAGAAAUAUUAAAAUAAUAACGUUCAUGAAAUAUUAGUUGUUUAAUUACUUUAUAGGAAACACAUUUAAAACAAGAAAGAAAUUCAGAAACUACUUAAAAAUAUCUAAAAAAAAAACGUAUUUACCUCUCAGACUUUUAGAUCUUUAUCUUUUUAGGUAUAUCUUUAUUUUUUAUUUUUUAUUUUUUAUGUGUUAAACGCACGAGUAUUGGAAAUAUUGUCUCAAUACAUUUUCUAUUUUCCAUGAUUUUGAAAUCAUUAAAAAUCACAUUUCUCGAAGUUUGCCCAUCGUAUUACUCAAACAAUAGAAUCUUGCGCAACUUUCACUUACUAUUGUCAUGUCAUUUUUGAUAGUCGCAAUCCACACUUUCAGUUUCGAUAAAACAUAUAUCCUUUGAUUUGUUUUUUUUUCUCGCAUAGUCUUGUCUAUGUUAAAUAAAACAAGUUUGCGUGCACUCAGUUAUUGAAUGGCAGUAAAUAUUUUCGUUAUUUAAAAAAAAAUAAUUAUAAUGUUUUACAUUUUUUUGAGGAUAUUUUACAUAAAAUAGACAGUGUUAAUUCUGUCUUGAGAGUGCAAUAAAAAAAUAGUAUAGACAUUUACAUGACAUUUACAUUAUUCGAGUUUUAAGUGGAUUCAGAUUUAUUAUUGUAGAUUUUUCGAGAUAUUCUUAAAAAUAGUAACAUUUGUAAUGUCACAUUAUAUAUUUUAUUAUUGUCAUUUACGAUUAAGUGUACGUAACUUUGUUUUGUCAUCGGCAACAUUAACAUGCACACGUGCGUCAGACCAAAUAAACGGAGCACCGCGUCAUUACAUUAAAAUAUAUGCAAACGGACAAUGUUACCCUACAUUUGCGAUUGUCUCUUUGAGUAGAUAACGUCGUGCUCCAUACGAAUUACCAAAGAUGUGUCUUUAAUUAAUUGAUGUACUUACGCAACACUAACGACUAAUCCAGGCCAGUGUUAAAUGUCUACGCAUGAGUAUGCGCUAUUUACGUAUAAAAUACUUAUAUUAUUGCCUCAUAUGUAAUGAUAAAUAACAAGAUCAACAUUCUUAUUACUAAAUUAUGUGUGCUUAGAAGCAUAGAGUAGAUUUAAUUAUAUCGGAAUAUUUUAUUCUUAUGUACAUGCUAAAAAUGAAAAAAUUAUUUGGUCAUCUUUUAAAUCAAUUUAAGUUUGAAUUUCAAGCAAAUUUUUUGCGACUAUAAAUUACAAAGUCGAAACUUUCCAAAGACAACAUUAGAAACAGACGGAAAAAUUAGAUAAAGCUUCAAAAUAGCUUUUCUGGUAUGCACACAAAUGAUUAUCAGAUAUAAUUUUAGAAUUAUACGUAGACUAUUACAAAUUUUAUAAAGGAAUAGGUUUGACGUUCAACACUUAAGUUAUAUGUGGAUGAUUAACACUGAUCUACAGCGAUUAAAUCGAUUAACUAACAAUAGGAAAUGAGCACGCGUGCACAUUAGUCUUGUGCGUUUAUACAAAUAGAGCCUAGUCACAAAUAUCAUUUAAUGAUUGAAAAAUCGCUUCUAUGUUCGUGUCAUUUUCAUUAUUGUUCUUCAGCACGUGCGUUGACACUGUUGUUAGUGCUAUGUUUAUUAUGGCUAUUAUUAUUGCUAUGUUUAUCUUUACUAGUUAUAUCUGUUGUUCUAAUUUGAUUACUAUUAUAAGAAUUAUUAAUACUAUUAUCAUUAUACGAUCAUUAUUUUAUUACUAGUAUUAUAUGCUUAUAUUAUUAGUACUCCUGCCAAUGAUGGUAAUACCAUCGUUGGCAUUUAUUAUUACUAUUAUGACUAUUACUUCUGUUAUUUUUAUAUGUAUUAUUACCAGCACUUUGCGCGCGAUAGCGAUCGCGAUUAUCAUCUCUUACUGUUGCUAAUAUCGAUCGCUCGCUAAUUUAGUGCUGCAAUGGCAGACUAUCACGUUUAAGUCAAAAUUAUUAAGUAUUUUUAUCUUUGUUUUUACAGAACGAUAGUAUACGAAGAAUGAUUUCAUUUGCUGUAAAAACGAAUUACGUACCUCAUUAAACAGGUCAAAUAAGGAUCACUUGUUGAGACGGUUAUAAAGUUAUAAUACAUUAUAAUAGUAUGGGAUAAUGUAUUUAUUUAAGUCAUUAUGAGAUAAAUGACUUAUUUUUUGUGUCUGUUUCUUAUAUUAAUCAUUCAAACAUUAGAUACUAAUUAGUUGAUAAAAGUGAAAUGUAACAUUAAAAAUUUUUUUCACUAUUUAUCAAAAUGCAAAUGUUAGUGACAAAUCAUGCAAAAUACUAUCAUUUUUUAUAUAAGAAAUAUAAAUACAGAGAUUUUGAUAUCUUAAAGAAACAGAAAUGAAUCGACAGAUAUUUUGUGUAUUACAAAUUUUUUUUUGUUCUUAUUUAACUAGAUAAUAUUUAGUUUUAUAUUGUUAAUCCUAUUAAUGUUAUAAACAAUGCUUAAUUGAUUUUGCGCCAUAUUAAUAAGUUUUCUUUACUUUUUCUCUUUCGCAUACAAGCCGAUCAAUUUGGUGAUCCUAUUCGACUAAUAAUUCAAUGGUACAUCUAUCCGAAUUAUUAUUACACGAUUUUUACAAUCGUAAUCUAAAUCUGUUGAUAGAAUAUGUUUUUGUUUUUAAAUGUUUGAGCUAUUACCUCGUAAGAUUACUGUUAUACUGUUGAGUAUAUCGUAUUUGCGUCGUUAACAAUAUCGUGCUUCUUUAUUUUUGUUUUCUUAUAUGCUACAUCGAUUUUUUGUUCUUUUUUUUUUAAUUUGUUCGUCCACCGCGUUUCUCUCCUCUGAUGUAAAAUGUAUAUCUUUUUUUGUUAAAAGAUGGGAACGCGCCACUAUCAGAGUUAUUUAGAUGAUGAAAGUCCACUUAAAUGUGCUUUUGCUCUUGAUUUUAAUAUGUUGAGUGUCGGUUAUAUAAAUAAAAUUUUGGUGAAGUCACAUUUAAUCUUGCAGACAAAGAAAUAAUAACAAAAUUAAUCAAGGUUAGUAAUUUGUUUAUUAUUAAAUUGUUCAUGGUUAAUCGAAAUCGAAAAGUUGACAGCAGAAAUGAAUAUUUAUAUGAAAAUAAUAUACGGAAUAUAUGGGGAAUCGAAAUUCUAUCAAUAUAUCAAAUAUUUGUGCCAAGUACUCAACAUGUUAAAUACUAUUGCUUCAAUUGUUGCAAAUGGUACAGUAUUCAGUACUUAAACAAUUGCAAAAAGUACUUAAACAUGUAAAGAAUAAUUUAUCAAGCCAUAAAUUUUAAGAAUAAUAUUUUUAUACUAUUACUAACUCAUGUUUACUCUCAAAUAAUUAAAAUAUUUUAUCAAUAACUAUGUUGUAGUUUACAUGAGACAAAUUAUUAUUUCAAAUGGAUAUUACCAACAUCUAUGUAACUUAAAAGUUACGAACAUCAUUGAAAUGAUUCUAAAGGCGUGAUUAAUCCCACUCUUUUAAUUAGAUCGAUUUAACCAUCGACAAUCGUGAAGAGCAAUCGUGAAUGCGAACAGACUAUCGAGACUUAUUGCUGUAAUUACGUGCACAUUAGCAAUUUUUUGCAUUCGCGCAUCUGUACGUGGCACGUAUGGACGUGCAUUUGUGUUCGGGCAUUAAAUGUAUGUUUUUCUUGUGUGUAUACAUCUCUGUAUAGAUGUAGAAUAUACAGAGUAUACACGGAUGUGUAUACAUACGACCUGAGUGUUACGUACUCGAUGGUAUUCGCCUUCUGUCGCCGCGUGUAAUGCCGCUUUGCGUUUAUUCUUGAUCUUUUUUUUGAUUUGGUUUUUUUUUUAUUUCUCUAUUUUGCCUUUUAUUUAAUGGCUAUUGUUCAACCUUAAAUGGUCGGCGGCGGAACCGCGGAGAUUGUCGACGUGUAUCGUUAAAUAUACUUAUAUAUUUUCUUUUCUCUGUUUUGCUUAAUCUACAAUGCGAUCAGCAUGUGGCGUAUGUUGAAAAUAACAAUACAUAUAUUUAUUUUGUUGUUUUAAUUUUUUUUCUUCGCUUUACUACCAUUCCUAUAAUCCUGAUCCUUGGACUGCCGUAUUUGACCACCGCUUUAUCGAAAAGUCGUAGAAAAGCUGCAAAGUAUUUAACCAUCUUUUUUAAUGUAUGUACACUAUAGGUUCGAUUUUUAAUCCCUUAACAACAGAAUCUCUUUUAAAAUACAUAAAAAUCAAUGAAUCAGUAAUUUGAUACUGAUACUGAGCGCGAUAACAAUGUUAUUGAUUAUUAACAUCGAAUAGUAAAAUUUUGGAUUUGUAAUCUUACUUAAGGGUUUAAUUCAUCGUAAAUGAGUAGCUUUAUACACGUAUUUUUUGCAUUGUACAUAACUAUAUGUGUACUGCGUGCUCCAAAGACACUAACGAUACAAUUCUAGCAAAUGAAAGAAAUGUAUACGAAUAAUUAUAUUUUUUAAGUAGCAUAAUUCGUAUAAUUUUGUACGAUUUUUUAUUUCUUUAUAUUCACGUGGAGUAAAGUUUACUUCACAAUUAUAUUCAAUAUAAAUUUUAUUUUAAAAGACGACAAAUUUUUAAAAAUUGAAUCGAAACACUUAUUUUUAAUCUCGUCUGUUGACUUCGAGGUGUGAUAUGAUCUACUUCUUAUGUCAAUUCAAGAAUAGAUAGUCACAUUUUUUAAAACACAAAAAUUUAAAGAAAUAAAUUUAAUAUGAUUCGACCUAUCACUAGCUCAAUGAAAUCAAUAUUCUUUUUUAAAAGAAAGUUCGUUCAGACGUACAACGCACAGCAUUUCCAAAAUAAACACAAAAUAAACCACUUUAUUAUUUUAAAGUCAUUCAACGUAUGUUCUUUUUUUAAUACUUUUUUUUAUUCAUUCAGCUGUUAUUUAUAAUAAUUCGAUUUUCAUUCAGAUAUAAAAUUUGUAACAAACAAUUGCUUUUUUUCUGCACUAUUUUUUACUCAAAUAUUUGUGUUAUUUUUUACGUACGAUCGUUACAAUUUCGUUUCUUUGUCAUUGAUAUAUGAAUAUCAAGAUUUACAACGCGAAAAGAUUAAUAGAUAAAAAUAAAAAUGUUCUAGUGACUGAUUUAAAUGACUUGAUUCAGUGACUUUCGAAAACUUAAAUCGUUUAUACUUUAAUCUAAUAAUAUAAUAAUGAAAAUAUUCUAGAUAUUUUCGCAAUUAGAGAAAAGCUAACAGGAAAUAUCACUCUUUUAUCAUAAUCUCACUUUUAUACGUUUUGUAUAUACAUCAACAAAAUCAUCAGUCAUUUAGUGCGACCGAAAAUAGUCGUAAUACUUGUUUUCAGAAAGUCAUUUUAUUUUUGCGACUUUCAAAUUAAGUAUAAGAUUAUUACUUUCAUUUUAUUUUUAAUUAUAUACAUUAAUUAAAUUAAUAUAUGUGCAAUUUCUAUUAAGUUCCUAUAAUGGAGUCAUGUCGACGUUGAAAGCAGUAUUACUUCAAGUUGGGAUGCAAUCUAAAUCCAAUACUUAACACACGUACAUUGGGGACUUGACAUAAAAAAAUCUGUAAGCAUUAUAUUUUUAGAAAAUUACUUUUCGUUAUAAAAGAUUACGUGCCAAGACAUAUUGAUUGCAUUGCAAAAGCUGCAGAUGUUGAUAAAAACAUUCGUGAAGUACAAAAUGAGCGUAAAGAACUUUUUAUAAAUAAAUAAAAUACAAAAAAUA